AUGACAGAAUCAUCUGGUUUGGGUGUGUCUCACUGCCUAAAACAGCUCAGUGAUGCAAAGUUCCUAAACUUCAAAAAUCUGCUCAUCAAAGAACCAGAAUUGCAACUCAAUCCAGUGCUCUGGGCAAAUAUUAAGGUAGCUUCGAGAACAGACCUGAUAACGCUGUUGAACUCACAUUAUCCAGGACAGGUAUGGGACAUAAUGUCAAGAACAUUUCUACAGGUCAAUCGGAGAGACCUCUGGACCAAGUUUCAGGAACUGAGGAGAGAUAAAAGAAGGACAUACAAAGAGAUUAUGAAGACUGCAUUUCACCACAUAUGGACCUUCGAAGACUACCUUUAUGUGCCGGAUGCAGAAUACAAAGUUGUUACAGAAAUGCAGUACAAGAUGUUGCAAGAAGUAUUUGAUCCUCAGUUAAAUCCAGUCACUGCAGUCAUACUGGGUGCUGAAGCAAUCGGAAAAACCACGUUCUUAAGAAAAUCCAUGUUGGAUUGGGCAUCAGGAGACUUAUGGAAGAACAGAUUUCAGUAUGUUUUCUUCUUUUCUCUCGUCUCACUUAACAGCACCACAGAGUUGAGCUUAGAUCAGCUUCUCUUAAGCCAGUUGUCUGCAUCUUCAGAGACACUGGAUGAUGUCUUAUCCGAUCCAAGGAAAAUCUUGUUUAUCUUGGAUGGAUUUGACCACCUGAAAUUUGACUUGGAACUCCGGACAAACUUGUGCGACGACUGGAGGAAGACGCUGCCAACACAAAUUGUCUUGAGUAGUUUGAUACAGAAAUUAAUGCUCCCAGAAUCAUCUCUGCUGCUUGAAUUGGGAAACCCAAGUAUACCCAGAAUCUAUCCCUUGCUACAGUAUCCAAGGGAGAUAACUAUGGGAGGACUCAACAAGGUGUCUAGAAGGUUCUACUGUAUGUCCUUCUUCGGCAGUUACCAGAAAGGCCGAGACAUCUUUAAUUUUUUAAAAACCAUGCAACCAUUGCUUUCUUUAUGCAGAAAUCCUUAUAUGUGCUGGAUGUUCUGUAGGACCGUAAAGGGGCAGCGUGACAGGGGAGAGGAAAUGAACCUCAUCUAUGAGCCAGAUUCGGCUUUGUACACAAGCUUUAUGGUGAGCUCCUUCAGAUUGGUAUAUGACAACCAUCCAUCCAGACAGAACAGAGCCCGACUAAAGACUCUGUGUACCUUGGCUGCAGAGGGAAUGUGGAAACAGGUAUUUGUGUUUAAGUCUGAGGAUCUCAGGAGGAAUGGGAUAACUGAACCUGAGCAGGCAUCAUGGCUGAGAAUGAAUUUUCUCAGUUACCGGGGUGACUGUUUCAUGUUUUACCAUCCGACGCUACAGUCGUAUUUUGCUGCCCUGUUCUAUUUCCUCAGACAAGACAAAGACACACCUCACCCCAUCAUAGGAAGCCUACUCCAAUUCCUAAGAGAAGUCUAUGCUCAUGGCCAAACCCGAUGGCUCCGGACAGGGAUGUUUGUAUUUGGAAUCGCCACUGAAAAGGUUGCUGCCAUGCUGAACCCACACUUUGGCUUUAUACCAUCCAGAGAUGUUAGAGGUGUUAUCCUCAACUGCUUUAGAAAUAUGAAUCAAGAAGAGUCCAAUAAGACACUGAGUGCCCAGAGUUUGUUCAAGAGCCUAUUUGGCAACAAGGAAGAAGAAUUUGUAACACAAGUGAUGGGUCUAUUCGAAGAAAUGACUGUUGAUAUUAGUAGUGUUGAUAUACUCACAGUAGUUACCUACAGUCUGCUGAGAUCGCAGAAGCUAAAGAAACUUCAUCUGCAUAUACAAGAAAGAGUUUUUUCAGAAACGCAUAACCCAGGAGAUGGUGACAUAGAAACCUUUAGACGACGCAAGAAAAUUGCAAACAAAUAUUGGUGUUCAUUAUGUGGAAUUUUCUGGAACUUACAAGUGUUGGAUCUGGACAGCUGUAAUUUCAAUGAAACUGCAAUUCAGCAUCUUUGUGAGUCGUUGUCUCCAGCUCCUCGUAUACCUCUGAACAUGUUUAAGCUCCAAAGCUUGUCGUGUUCCUUCAUGACUAACUUUGGGGAUGGUACGUUAUUUCACACAGUUCUUCAGCUGCCUCACCUGACAUCCCUGAACCUCUAUGGCACUAAUCUGUCCAAUGAUGCGGUUGAGAAAAUGUGCUGCGGGCUGAAAUCGCCAACAUGCAAACUGGAGGAGCUGCUGUUGGGGAAGUGUGGCAUCUCAAGUAACGCUUGUGUUGAAAUUGUGACUUCCCUAAACCUCUGCAAGCUGAAGCAUCUCUCAUUGGUUGAAAACCCCUUGAAGAACAAAGGAGUGAUGGUACUGUGUGAGAUCCUGAGGGAUCCAAGCUGCGUCCUGGAGAAACUGAUGUUGUCAUAUUGCUCUCUCACCCUCAUUGUCUGUGGUCAUCUCAACGAAGCCCUUUCGUGCAACAAACACCUCUCUCUGCUUGACCUGGGGUCAAAUGUCCUAGAAGAUUUGGGGGCAAAAAUUCUGUGUGAAGCUUUGAAAGACCCAAAGUGCCCCCUUCAGGAGUUAUGGUUGUCUGGUUGCUGUCUCACUUCAGACUGCUGUGAGCAGAUCUCCACUGUCCUUACUUGCAAUGAAAAUCUAAAGACCCUGAAACUGGGCAACAAUAACAUAGAAGAUAGGGGCGUCAAGCGGUUGUGUGAAGCUCUGAGGAAUCCGGCUUGUAAACUUCAGAGUCUUGGGUUAGACAUGUGUGUGCUCACCACUGCCUGCUGUGCAGACCUCGCCUCUGCUCUCAGCACAUGCAGAACACUGACCAGGCUGAGCCUCGACUGGGUCACCUUGGACCACUAUGGGAUGAAGCUGCUGUGUGAGGCUUUGGCUUGCAGAGGCUGCAGCGUGAAGGUGCUGGGACUAGACAAAUCUGCACUUUCUGAGGAGUCACAGAAGCUACUGCAAGAUGUGGAAAAGAAAAAUAACCUGAAUAUUUUGCAUUAUCCGUGGGUCAAGGAGGAGAACAAGAUGAGGGGUGUUCGUCUGUUCUGGAACAGCAAGAACUGA